AUAACUUACUGUCAACUGUGAGGCAAACCACAAAGCUCCACUGUUGCUCAGCAAAUAGGCUCUAUUGGAUGAUGGCUUGACUAGCUUGUAAAGUUUGCUUAACUGUAGCAGCAGUGGCAGAAGGCAUGUGGGGUACUGUAUCUCCCAACAGGCCAGGAGUCUUCACUUCUUUCAUUUACUUUUAUGUUUUUAACUCCUUUAAUUGUUGAACAAAGUUGACACUGCUUUGUUUAGCAAAUUAGAUGUUGUUUAAAGUUAUGGCUGCAGUUGGUAGCCUGGGACUUGGCAGAGAUUAAUUAGCUGUGGGGUAAAUAUAUAUAUAUAUAUAUAUAUUUUUUUUUUUUUUUUGGGGGGGGGGGGGGGGGGGGGGGUUGGCAGUCAGUGGUUUCUUGUGAUUUGGGAAGCUGUCAAAGGUGUUAUGCCCUCGAGUUCUGAAGUUCUGGCUGAUGUGGUAAGAGAAAGCCGGAUUGAAGAGUGGAAGAGCAGCCACUUCAUAAGAAUGUCUUCCAAGCAAGCCACCUCUCCAUUUGCCUGUGCAGCUGAUGGAGAGGAAGCCAUGACCCAGGAUUUGACCUCAAGGGAAAAGGAAGAGGGCAGUGAUCAACAUGUGGCCUCCCAUCUGCCUCUGCACCCCAUAAUGCACAACAAACCUCAUUCUGAGGAGCUACCAACACUUGUCAAUACCAUUCAACAAGAUGCUGACUGGGACAGCGUUCUGUCAUCUCAGCAAAGAAUGGAGUCAGAGAAUAAUAAAAUAUGUUCCCUAUAUUCCUUCCGAAAUACCUCUACCUCACCACAUAAGCCUGACGAAGGGAGUCGGGACCGCGAGAUAAUGACCAGUGUUAAUUUUGGAACCCCAGAGCGCCGCAAAGGGAGCCUUGCCGAUGUGGUGGACACACUGAAACAGAAGAAGCUUGAGGAAAUGACUCGGACUGAACAAGAGGAUUCUUCCUGCAUGGAAAAACUACUUUCAAAGGAUUGGAAGGAAAAAAUGGAAAGACUAAACACCAGUGAACUUCUUGGAGAAAUUAAAGGUACACCUGAGAGCCUGGCAGAAAAAGAAAGGCAGCUCUCCACCAUGAUUACCCAGCUGAUCAGUUUACGGGAGCAGCUCCUGGCAGCGCAUGAUGAACAGAAAAAACUGGCAGCCUCGCAAAUUGAGAAACAACGGCAGCAAAUGGACCUUGCUCGCCAGCAGCAAGAACAGAUUGCAAGACAACAGCAACAACUUCUGCAACAGCAGCACAAAAUUAAUCUCCUGCAGCAACAGAUCCAGGUUCAGGGUCACAUGCCUCCGCUCAUGAUCCCAAUUUUUCCACAUGACCAGCGGACCCUGGCAGCAGCUGCUGCUGCCCAACAGGGAUUCCUCUUCCCCCCUGGAAUAACAUACAAACCAGGUGAUAACUACCCCGUACAGUUCAUUCCAUCAACAAUGGCAGCUGCUGCUGCUUCUGGACUCAGCCCUUUACAGCUCCAGAAGGGUCAUGUCUCCCACCCACAAAUUAACCCAAGGCUAAAGGGCCUAAGUGACCGUUUUGGCAGGAAUUUGGACACCUUUGAACAUGGUGGUGGCCACUCUUACAACCACAAACAGAUUGAGCAGCUCUAUGCCGCUCAGCUGGCCAGCAUGCAGGUGUCACCUGGAGCAAAGAUGCCAUCAACUCCACAGCCACCAAACACAGCAGGGGCAGUCUCACCUACUGGGAUAAAAAAUGAAAAGAGAGGGACCAGCCCUCUAACUCAAGUUAAGGAUGAAACAGCAGCACAGCCGCUGAAUCUCUCUUCCCGACCCAAGACAGCAGAGCCUGUGAAGUCCCCAACAUCUCCCACACAGAGCCUCUUCUCAGCCAGCAAAACCAGCCCCGUCAAUCUGCCAAACAAAAGCGGCAUCCCCAGCCCCCUUGGAGGAAACUUGGGAAGAGGAUCCUCUUUAGAUAUCCUGUCCAGUCUCAACUCCCCUGCCCUGUUUGGCGAUCAGGAUACAGUGAUGAAAGCCAUUCAGGAGGCUCGGAAGAUGCGAGAACAGAUCCAGCGGGAGCAACAGCAGCAACAGCCUCAUGGUGUUGAUGGGAAACUGUCCUCCAUGAAUAAUAUGGGACUUAACAACUGCAGGAAUGAAAAGGAAAGAACGCGCUUUGAGAAUUUGGGGCCCCAGUUAACAGGAAAAUCAAAUGAAGAUGGAAAGCUGGGCCCAGGUGUCAUCGACCUUACUCGGCCAGAAGAUGCAGAGGGAAGUAAAGCAAUGAAUGGCUCUGCAGCUAAACUACAGCAGUAUUAUUGUUGGCCAACAGGAGGUGCCACUGUGGCUGAAGCACGAGUCUACAGGGAUGCCCGAGGCCGUGCCAGCAGUGAGCCACACAUCAAGCGACCAAUGAAUGCAUUCAUGGUUUGGGCAAAGGAUGAGAGGAGGAAAAUCCUUCAGGCCUUCCCUGACAUGCACAACUCCAACAUUAGCAAAAUCUUAGGAUCUCGCUGGAAAUCCAUGUCCAACCAGGAGAAGCAACCUUAUUAUGAAGAGCAGGCCCGGCUAAGCAAGAUACACUUAGAGAAGUACCCAAACUAUAAAUACAAACCCCGACCCAAACGCACCUGCAUUGUUGAUGGCAAAAAGCUCCGGAUUGGGGAGUAUAAGCAACUAAUGAGGUCCCGGAGACAGGAGAUGAGGCAGUUCUUUACAGUGGGGCAACAGCCUCAGAUUCCAAUCACCACAGGAACAGGUGUUGUGUAUCCCGGUGCUAUUACUAUGGCAACUACCACACCGUCACCUCAGAUGACAUCUGACUGCUCUAGCACCUCUGCCAGCCCAGAGCCCAGCCUCCCAGUCAUCCAGAGCACUUAUGGUAUGAAGACAGACAGCGGAAGCCUAGCUGGAAACGAAAUGAUUAAUGGAGAGGAUGAAAUGGAAAUGUAUGACGACUAUGAAGACGAUCCCAAAUCAGACUAUAGCAGUGAAAACGAAGCCCCGGAGGCUGUCAGUGCCAACUGAGGAGUUUUUGUUUGCUGAAUUAAAAUACUCUGACAUUUCAUCCCCUUCCCCCAACAAAAAGUUCUUAAAGAGCCCGCAUGCAUUUGUGGCUCCACAAUUACAUCAGCAGAAUGGUCUUAAUUGUUUCGUAAAGUGUGAGACAGAUUAAGUUUUCCCUGAUUUUUCAUGAACUUGAGUUUUUUGUCGUUAUUGUUAUUGUUGUUGUUGUUGUUUUUUUAAUUUAGGUGAAGACAUAUUAAAUAUGAGACACCAGGACUUGAAAACUUAUCUCAACCCAUAGCUGUCUUACAAGUCUUAUAUUUUUGUCUUACUUUUUUUUUCUUUUGGAUGUUGAUAAAGGUUUAAGUUACUGUUUUAGAUGGGGUUAAACAUUCUCACUCAGGUAUGCUGUGCCGGCCUACAGGUUGUGAAUGUGUUUUUAUUCUGAAUUACUUUAGAAAACAACUGAGGAUUUCGUAUCGUGAAGCAGGACUAGUCCACGGCAUGUGCCGCUGCGUGCAGAGCAUAUUCAGAAGGCCUCGGAAUUCCAUUUCUCCGCGUGUAGAGUUAAACUUUGAAUGUGCCAAACUUUUUCAUAACUUUUGAAUCUUAAUAUUUUGAAAGUCUUAAAGGAGAUACUGCAAAGUCUUAGACAAUCUUUGGCAUCUUAAAAUAAAAUAGCAAACCACACUUUUUUUUUUCCAGAAAAUGGUAAAGUACUCAGGAAUCUGGAGACAAGAUAUUGUAAGGAAUGAACAAGGUUGCCACAGUGCAUGUACCCAAUUGUGUUUGCCUCUUGACGUGCCAUCAGUGCGUGACGUGGUAUGACAUACACACACCAGAGCCAUCACCACACCAGAUACCGAAUUGGUGGUCUUCUCUGCCCAAGACCACCUCUCACUACAUCCAUUAUCCCUUUGCCUUUAACCCUGACAUUCAGUCUUAACACAUUUUCUCUUAAAUAAUUUAUUCAUUCCAGAAUGUCAAGGGUCCAUUUACUAUUUAUUUUAAAAAAAAUGUUGGUGGCAUUAAUUUAAUAAUUCUUGUUUUUCACCCUCCUUCCCUGAAGAACUUUUUAGCCCUUUUCAUCUCCUUCUCCUGCUAGAUACAAAAGAUGUACAUAUUGAUUUUAUGUCCCCAGAGCAUCUGGAAGCAUUUCUGAAACAAGAUACUAUUAAAUACCUAUCUUUAUUGUUUUUAAAGAUGAUUGUAUAUCUGGCUACAGGGCUGUAUAUGUGGGUCUAGGUGUAUACUCUUACACUUAACAGGUAUGCAGGUAUGCCCCUGAGGUUCGCUGUGACCUUGAGUCUUUUGCCAGAGUUUCCCCCAGUUCAGUUUGCAACAAGUGGUAGGAUCUGCAUUGGCAGCAUUUCCUCUGAAUUCCAUUCAGCAGUAAGAGUCAACAGUGGUGGCUGCCAGGUGGGAAAGCAGCAGAAUCCUGCAGCCAGACCUGAAGCCCAAGGCUUGUGGGCCAUGUAGAGUAUACAGUGCCACUGUCAUGGGCUGGCACCUUUACACUGAGUUGCCUAGCUGGCACAUCCAGGGAAUUCUUUGCAAGUUCCAGGAUGAAGGAAGCCAGAUGACAUUCUCAAAGCAAAGAUAGAGGCAAAUAGUCAUGGAACAUUCAGAGAACGAAAGAAAACCAUAGGGAAGGAGAAGGGGGGAAUACAUUCCCUGUAUGGCAUGUUCCUACUGUCAAUUCUGGGGAACAGACAGCUCAUGAGACAGCAAACCUUUGGCUGACUCCCUGUAUCUACGUCUAUAAGAUGAACUGCACUUGUCACUCAAGGAGAGCUCUGGAGAUGUGCUGCUGGGCUUGGAGGCAGUGAGGUUUCAUUCCCCAUCUCCUAACUACAGGAAGCUCUGCGAUGCCAUUCAGACGUUCCUUAACCCAGGGCCUAUUGCCUGUGGGGGAGCUACUCCCAGAGUGAUUUAGUGGGAGAGUGUCAGAGAAUGAGACAGUUUGCCUCAUGGGACAACCCAGAAUCUGAUCACCAAGACAUAGGAAUGGCCCCAACAGAUUUCUUGAGCCAUUUUGUCACUUGGAAGAAAAUAGUAUAUCUUCAUAUUUAUUUAAAGAGUGCUCCAGGCCAAACCUAAUAGCAAUAAAUAGGUUGAGCCAAGCUGUCACCGGCUCUGACACUAGCUGGGAGUGCUCUCUAUAAGCUGUUGAAGGUACUGAUAGGAAUGUUUUGUUCUUAAUAUUGAUUGGGGAUUGGAACUUUGUUCUUGUACAUUUCUUUCAAAUGAGGAGGAGGUCAUUUUUCUUAAAAAAAUGAAUAUUUAUUAUGUCUUACUGAUUUCUUUGAUUAUAUACCUCUCCUUCUCAGUUCAUUCUCAUGUUUUCUCCCCUUUCUUUUUGGUUUUGGCUUCUGCGCUCACUCCUUUCUUAUUGUGCUGCAUAGGUAGUGUGUUGUAUGACUAGCAUUGUAUUGUAUGUAAUUAAUUUUGCACAAAGGCGAACAUUUAGCAUAGUAGGUUAAUUUUGUUUGUUUUUAUGACCAUGCCAAAAUAAUAUUCUGGGCUGGUGGAGAACAAAGGACUGUUCUUUAGGACUGAAACUUGAUUUUGCUUGUAGUAAGAAAAAAAAAAAACAACACACACACUCACAGAUGUUGUUUCGUAAGUGUUAUAAGCACUGGAUAUAAAUGGUAUUUUUUAUCACUUCUGACUAAUGUGAAACUGUUGUACGAAAACUACACGAACAAAAGUCAUCUGUUUCGACUCGUGUGGGCUUGCCUCACAGUUGCCGGAUUUGAGUCAUUUUUAUGUCUUGUUAUUUCAUUUAUUUAUGCAAAAUACAUGUGUGUAUGAACACUUUGUUUUAGCUCCAGCUCUGCCUCAGUACUGGGGGUGCAGUAACUUCUAGCCAUUUUCUUAAAAAUGAAAGGCUAUUCAGGAAUGAUCUGAUUGUAAACGCCUCUUUCUUUGGCUCAGACAGUAAUGCUGUAUUAGAAUCUAAAUUUUGUGCAUAUGAAGUUUAUUCUAUUUAUUAGCCAAGUUUGGCUCUAAAUAUUCAUGGAAAUUAAGGAUGACAAUCAUCGGGAUCACUUCAUUAUAUUUCAGUGGGGCUUAAACAAAGUUUUUAUGACUUUACCAUCUCAUUUUAGAGUUUUCUAAUUGUGUAAAUAUAACAUAGAAAUAGAAUUUAUUUUUGGUUCAUGAGUACUUAGUGAGUGAUAAGUUAUGUAUUUCUUUUUUGUUCUCUAUCCAUAUGUGUUGGUCCAAACUAGAAGUUGACGAGUCACUGUACUUGCUGGGGACAGUGAGGGCAGCAUUCAUCCUGCAGCUAGGCCAGCUAAGCCCUACACUCGGGUUCUUAUUCAGUUUUGAGCCCGCUGUCCACAGACUCAGACUUUUCCCUUUUUUCCUUAUAGAAAGUAGAUGAAUUGAACAUAGUAAAUUUCCAGUACAUCUAGGAGAGAGUCAAUUUGCUUUGUGAACCCACACGAACCUUCUAAGAUAGUUCUUGUGACCAUUUAAUAGUAAGAAGCAUAAUGACAUUUUAAAGGCAAAAAUCUGCCUCUGUGAUUGGCCAUGAAUAAUGUCGCACCAUGCCAGUUAAAGCAUGUUGUCACCUUUUUUCAGUGCUCCCUACUUGAUGGUAUCUUCAAGUCAAAGGUAAAAAUUAUCUCCAUUUAAUUUAAAAGCAUACAAGACCAGGGUUUUCUUUGUCGUUUGUGAUAGGGACACUGGUAGACAAUCCUUUCCUUAAAAAAAACAAAAAAACAGGCCAUAUAGAAUAGGAAGGACGAGAAGGAAGGAAGAAAGGAUGGAAGGAAAGAAGGGAGAGAAAGGAAAGUUCAUCUGCGGACACAAGCAGCCAGCCUGGCAAUUUCUCUACUUCAGGCAGUGUCCUUUGCAGGAAGGUGUGGAAGCUCUGUUGUUUUCAUGAGGACCCAGCUCAGCCUUUCAGGAACACAUCAGUUUGCUUCAUUUGGUAUUUGAUACUCUGCAGCCUUGUGCUGGGGCCUGGUUUGAUUUGCCAGGGUCCUGACACAGACUCCCAGACCAAGUUCUAAAUUCAGAUGUGGGCUCACAGUGCUAGUGAGCUGGUCAAAUUUUGGCCUUCCCUGGACAUAAGCACCCUGGGAGCCUGGGGUGUUUGAAAAGGGUGUGAUCUCUCUAGGGCUGAAAUUAAAGGCUGCUUUCUUUGCCUUAUGAAGCCAGGCUGCUUCUUUGGAGCACACCCUCCUGAGCCAGGAGCACAGGGCUGGCUGAAAGCAGAGAUUGUUUCAGGGAAGCCCAUCUGCCCUCAGCAGGAAGGCAGCCUGGAACUUGAACACCACUGCCCAGGCUGCUGCUCUUGAUUUACUUAUUUUGCAAAGAGUUGACCUCUACUAACUCAUUAGGGAAAGGAAAAAGAAUCAGUUCGUAGUUUUAAACCAUUCAAGAAGUCCUAUACCAAGUGCCAACAACUGCAGAGGAAUGCAGCUAGAGGAAUGUAUUGAAGUUAUUACUGGGUCUUCCUUUUUAAUGAGAACGUGACAAAAAUGGUUGCUGUAGCCUUGCCUGAUGUCAUGCUCGUUUAUCCAAGGAUUGAGUUGGCACUUAAGCUCACUUCUCAAAAUAUAAUAAUAUCAUAUGACCUCAUUUGUCCUUCUACAAAAGCACUUGCAUCAUUUCCUUAAGUCAUCUGCCCCCUGAUGUGUUUUCCUCCUCAAUAAACAACUUCUGUUACUUCUGCCGAUCAUGUUCUGUUUCUGAUGCCACAUGCUAUGGAACGUGCCCCUGUGCUGAUAAUCAUUAAAAAUAUUGAUAUGCAAAUGCAUUUCCUUUUCAUCCCCAUCUCAUCUUUUCCUUUGGGGACAGAUUGCUUUCCAAAAGCUCAUGAACUAGUAUUCCGAAUGCUGGUACCUCCAGGGGCAGAGGGGAGGGAUGGGUGGGGUAGGGACAGAAAGGUCUUGCUUCCUGCAGAUACUCUUCCAAUCAGUGUCCGUGGCAAUAGGAACGCUUGAAGGCAACUCAGUGACACAUCUUGCUCAGUAGUUUCUUAUUCCUGAAGAACCACAAGCAUAAAGUGAGGCCUCAGUGCUGGUGCUCUUGGAGUAUGGGGAAUGUGCAAAUAUUUAACUGUUUUGUAUGCUGCACAUUGCAGAUCUGCUCAUGUGCAUUCUCCGUUUGUCUUCCUUUGUCAUGUGUGUUUUUGCUUUUUUGAAAGUGCAGUCUUUAUUGUACCCUUCUCCAGCUUGUAGCAAAUUAGAAUGCUUAGCAUUUAUGUUCAUUCAUUAUUGUAUUUGCCAUGUAAAAUUUUUAUUACCUUAGACAAGCUUAUAAGCUGUUACUACAUAACUUAUCUUACUGUAACUCUUUUUAUUUCCUGACAUUGUAAUUUGUUUGUGAUGUAUAUUGUGAGAUUGUAUUCUAUGUUAAUUUAAUCAGCACAAUUCACUGACAUGCUGGACUGACAUGCUGGCUGCUGUUUCGAAGUGUAAAGUUUGUGUAGGGCUGUUGGGACAACUGUAACUCUGUUGUCAAGGUACUGUGCUUUGGUUCCUAUAGCAACACUGUGGGUGUGACCCUUGAGACUCUAGGGACAUCUAAUACACCCUGGAGCAAAUUUUAACUGCAGAUUUUCUUUGUAGAAAUUCUAUGUAUAACACAGGUACCUACUUGGCCCAUGGCUGGUAACUAUUUGGGCAAUUAGAAAAAAACAAAAAACCCAUAAAAACUAGUGUCUAUUGCUGCUUUGAAUAUGUUUGAAAGUCUGAAAAUGUAAAUAGUUUAUCAAAAAAAAAAUCUUGUACAGUCCAGUGUAAAGUUUUUAAAUGACCUUAAGGGUUGCCAUCACAUCUUUCUCACACUCUCCUCUUGAUAAUGAAAAAAAAAAAAAAAAAGUUCGCUAAGGAUUCAAGAAAUGGAAAAAAAAAAAAAGAGAAUCUCUUCAAAUUUAAAGGAAUGGAUCAUUGUUCUUAGCUUUGUUGCAUACACAAACCUCUUGGAUUUUGUUGUGCAGUAUUGACGUGAGAUAAAACUCAACUCAUUGAAUAAUCUUUCAGUGGUACUUUUCCAAGUCUUCCCCUCCUCUGCCUCAUAAUUAAGGGAAAAGACAAAAUUGAAAGACGCACUCUUUGUCUAUCCUGGUGUAUGUUGGCACCUUAGCUACUUUUUUUUUUUUUCAUUUUUGCACAAGGUGCUUUCCUGAUCUGUCAGACAUGCCAUCCUUGGGUGAUAAUGUAUAUGCCAUGAUGGGCUCAGGCCCGCAGGGGAGUGUCUAUAAGAACUGCCUAUUUAUGCUCAUUUACCUCAAGACUGUCCUCUCUACCCUAAUCUAGUUGUCAUCACUCCAUCUUUUGUACUGCUGUUGACACUUACCAAUUAAAGAUAAAUUUUGUUUUA